UGAGUAACGGCAGAGUACCGUCUCCCUUGGUAAGGCCGCCGUGGAACCGCGACUGUAAUGAAGAGGUCAACAUUUUCUACCGCGACCUUGGAGGUAUACAUUUAUCGGCCUGAGGCUUGGUUCUUCAUCUUGCAUAUCACAAGUGGUCUCGAACAUGCGAAACGACGUGCGAGGACGAGUCUGUUUCAUGUCGCCUUGCGCCUCGGCUGCCGCGGACGGAUCGCCCUUACGGCAUGGGUUGCUUACCCUCCACCUGGAACCUCGGUCGAUCGACCCUAUUCAUCAUACCCUCGACCUCGCAUUUCGUUCCAGUAUAAGAUGAUAGACAGUGCAGCAAAAUCCGGCGUUGAUCUAGGAAAAAGACAUCUCGCAAGAUGUCCUCCCCAUCAACAGAUUCUGUGGAUCGCCAAGCGACGCCCCGGCCUCCAGAACCUGGCAGCAAUGCCGCUGCUGAUACGACCCCAGCAGCUCGGACGAGGCCGGCAGUUCCAUCUGCCAUCUUCCUGGAACAAGCCGCCCUAGCAAAUCAGCAACAACAACGAGCUAGCAUGUCUAGCUUGAUGUUCAUGACGUUCUUCUUCUUCAUGAUGUCUGGAGGCAGUCCGCCCAUGGGGAUGGACGAGAUUGAGCAGAAGCGGCACGACCUGGAUAACUUCGGGAACGCUGUUAGCCAGCUUCAGCUAUAUCUGAAUGGUUCUCAGUCGAACUACAGUUUUUCACCCUCGCCGAUACCAUCAGGCUUGACACUGCUUCCACCAUACCUACAUCGAGAGCAUCCUUCAAAGACUCUUCCCGUGGAAGAUGAUUCGGUGUUCAGUCCACACUACUUCCAGAAUGUCACUGGAUUCUACCGGGAAGCAGACGCGCAUUAUCUCAACCUGACCGACCCCUCCUCGUCCAACUCUUCUCAUCACUUCUUUCGCCACCUCGAGGCUACCCAUCGAGUCCCUGGGACCCAUACGAUAGGGCCACUCAUCAAUCACACGAGCUAUAAUGAGACUCAGGCUACACGAAAAAGAGGAGACUUUGACUGGGCGGGCGUUACCUCUUGGUCUAUCAACAUCAACGAGAAAGAAGUCGUAGCUCGUGACGUCGACGGGAACAUUAUCGUCAGGGACCAUGAGCGAGGAAAACAUGGAUUGAAGGAACAGCAGGAUUCGUUCGAUGAUUGGGCUUGGGUGCAUGUGUCCGGAAUGACAUUCUGGAAUUCUGACAAGACUAGCGUGCUAGACUACCAGCUAGCUGGUGUACAUCAACGUUCUACUGGAGAAUAUACCCUCCUAGGUAUGCCUGCUGGCCAGGGAAUCGACAUUCGACUGCUACCCCCCCUGCUUCCCGAUCGACACGCGCGCAACUUGACAGGCAAGAUGGUCUUGUUCGAAAUGCAGCGGCAUCUGGCUCGACUUCGAGCGGAUCCGACCUUGGGUGGCAGUUCCGGUAGCAGCAAUUCGGAUGACGACGAAGCUCCUUCCAAUGAUCCUGCUUGUCCGAUACAAGUCCACCUCAGGCUUCUACCGGUGCCUUUCCCUUACUCUGCGCAAAUGCUUAAGGAGUACGAGCGAGAGAUGCGCGAACCAACGGGUAUCUACGUGCAACAACCUCCGAACGGAAUCCAGAUCGAGGGAGUAGCUAUCUUUGAUGAAUGCGGGGUCGCUUAUGGGUUGACGGGUGGUCAGGGAAUCGCAGCUGAUGCUUUUUGGCAUAAAUCCAUACACUAUGCUGCCUAUGCUGCUAUCGCGAACCUGAUCAUCUUGUUCUGCUUUGUGUGGGAGAUGGAGGCUACAAGGACGCCCAGCGCGUUGGCCAAGAUCUCCUUCUGGAGCAUGAUCCUGAUGGUCGGGGCUGACGCAUGGCUGUUCUCGGCGCACGCGGUUGUGGCGAUCAUGUCGGACAAUGUUACAACCCUGCCAUUGCUUCUGCCUUCGUUUCUCUGUCUCUGCACCGCGCUCGUCUUUGGUCCGCGCUUCAUCGUGAUACUACAUAGAGUGCAAGCACCAGAGUCUCCCAGCACUCCAGCUCGCACAGCCCCUGAACGGCCUGCGAAUCCAGAAGGCGGGGUAAACGACACGCCUGGCACGAACGACGCGGAGACCACUGGCUCGCCGAUGUCGAGACUGGAGGCUUUGCAAAGCGAGAUCAACCGGCAUCCUCAGCUGCGUUGGCUUACACUGAUGCUGUUCUGUACCUUCCUUAUGUUCAUCGGCGUCAUUCCGCAAGUCGUGCCUGUGCUACUGGGUAUCCUCUAUUCAUUCUGGAUACCGCAGAUAUGGAGGAAUGCAAGACGAGGAAACCGAAAAUCCUUGACUUGGAGAUUUGUCCUCGGCAUGAGUACUGCCAGGUUGGCUCUACCGUUAUACGCAUUCGGCUGUCCCGACAAUGUGUUCUUUGUGGAAACCAAUAGUUCGAUUUGGUUGCUUCCGAUCUAUGUUUGGGCCCAGGUACUCGUGCUCUGGGUACAGGAACGGUUCGGUGCAUCGUUUUUCCUUCCGCAAAGAUUCGCACCUCCCCCACCUUACGAUUAUCAUCAGCCGCUGCCUAUCGGCGACUCGGAGUCUGGUCAACAAGACUUUGGUAACUGUUCGAUUUGCAUGGAACCCAUCCUCGUGAAUCAGAUUGGCGGAUCCCACAACUCGGACAAUAAGCAGUCGCUGGACGACAAGUCUGCGCUUGCCUCUACCGCCACCAACAUGGGUGCUGUUGGUAGCAGAGUCAUGAAUAUCAACUUCCGGCGCACUUACGCGCUCGCACCCUGUCAUCACCUCUUCCACACUGAUUGCUUAAGUCAAUGGAUGUCAAUAAAGAAUACAUGUCCGCUGUGUAAACGAGGUCUACCACCUCUCUGAUCUGAAUCAAUCUAGACGUUGUAUCACAUUCAUAUUCACAAGCA